ACACUGAUUUAUACAUUUCUUGUGUUCAGUGUGUAUUCUGUUACCGUAAAACUAGGAAAAGAAGCGCACCUAUAUUACCGGUAGGUGACUUGAAGAUCCCCUUCGGACUUGCGGGGGUGUCGGCAGCCCGCAGGGGGAGGAGCCUAAUUGGAGGAAGUAGCCCCCUCAGCAACUUACCUCCAUAAUAGUGAGUCAAUCACUGGAAUUUGAGGCCGAAUAAGAGCCACAAUCUGAGCACCGUUCCCGUACCCGCUCCGGUGGUCCUCCAUAUCGGCCGUUUGGUGCAGUUGGAAGCGGUGCGGCGGGUCCGGAAGCAAGCAGUAUGCAUUUGGACUGCAGGCUGCUAUGGAAGGAGCGGUAAUGGUGGGCAGGGGGCCGACAGGGGCCGGGGUUCUGGUCCUGUCGAUCCUCGUCAUCACCCUCACCACGGAAGGCUGCAGGGCACAGAAAGGUGAUGGCUGUGGCCCCACAGUGUUGGGCCCCAGCAGCGGCACCCUGUCCUCCCUGGGUUAUCCGGCGACGUACCCCAACAACACGGUGUGCGAGUGGGAGAUCAGCGUACCUCCAGGCAAAAGGGUCCACUUUUGCUUCGCCCAGCUGGACAUCGAGGACCGGGACUGCCAGGUCAACUACCUCCGCCUGUACAACGGCAUCGGACCUAACAGGAAAGAGAUCGCGAAAUAUUGCGGCUUGAACCUGAAGGUGGACGAGCUCAUCGAGUCGACCGGCAACCAGGUCACCGUUCAGUUCAUGAGCGGGACGCAUCACACUGGACGCGGCUUCUACCUGUCCUACGCCACCACCGAGCACACAGAUCUCAUCACCUGCCUGCACAAAGGUAGCGAUUUCCACCAAGCCGAGUUUAGCAAAUACUGUCCGGCCGGAUGUUUGACGUCUACAGAGGAGAUUUCCGGAACGAUACCAAAUGGAUACAGAGAGUCGUCCCCUCUGUGUGUGGCCGCCGUCCACGCGGGCGUGGUGUCCAACGCGGUGGGUGGAAGGAUCAACGUGGUGAGCAGCAAGGGCAUCCCGCUGUACGAGGGCACACUGGCUAACAACGUCACGUCCACUGGAGGACUCCUGUCCAACAGUCUCUUCACCUUCAGGACCAACGGCUGCUAUGGAACUUUGGGGUUAGAGUCCGGCGGCGUGGCGGACAUUCAGAUCUCCGCCUCGUCCGUGUGGGAGUGGAACAACAUGGCCGGCCAGCGCAGCGUGUGGGCGGCGUCGGGGGCGCGGCUAAAAAAGGCGGGGCUGCCUUGGGGGCCGUCACGCUGCGACCAACAGCAAUGGCUGCAGGUGGACCUGAAGAGACAGAAAAGGAUCACUGGCAUCACCACCACAGGCUCCACGCUGAGGGAGUACCAGUACUACGUUUCGGCGUACCGCGUCCUCUACAGUCAGGACGGCCAGCAGUGGCUGUGCUACAAGGAGGCCAACGCUACACAAGACACGGUGUUCCAAGGUAACAUUAAUUACCUGCACGAGGUGAGGAACAACUUUAUCCCCCCCAUGGAGGCGCGCUACGUGAGGAUCAAUCCAACACUGUGGCACCAGAGGAUCGCCAUCAAGGUGGAGCUGCUCGGAUGCCAAGUGAACACAGCUCCUCUACCACAUGGAGUCUCCCAGGGCUCAAUCCUUGCCCCAAUCCUAUUUGCGCUUUUCUUUCUCCCCCUUGGUUCUAUUUUUAGUAAGUAUGGUAUUGCAUUUCAUUUUUAUGCCGAUGAUUGCCAGAUCUAUUUUCCCAUGGCACAAAAUAACACAGUUCAACGUCUCAUUGACUGCCUGCACGACAUCAAAGUCUGGCUUUCAGCUAACUUCCUGAGUCUAAAUAAAGACAAAACAGAAGUUAUGAUGUUCGGUCCAAGUCGCUCUCCCUCCCCCAACGUUGACCUCGGCACUCUGACCCCGUAUCUCAGCGACUGUGUCACAAACUUUGGGGUAAAGUUCGGUUCAGAUUUUAAAUUCCAAAAACAAAUCAGCAGCGUCGUUCAAAAAAGCUUUUAUCAAUCACGCCAAAUAGCAAAAGUGAAACCGCUUCUAUCAGGACAUGAUCUCGAGAAAUUAAUUCACGCCUUUAUCUCGAAUGGUUUGGACUACUGCAAUGCCCUGUAUGUAGGCAUUAGCCAGGCCUCCCUCGCCCGCCUGCAGCUCGUGCAGAACUCUGCUGCUCGUCUGCUAACACAGACCCGCAGACGUGAGCACAUCACCCCUAUAUUAGCGUCCCUUCACUGGCUCCCUGUGCGUUAUCCAAUCAAUUUUAAACUCCUUCUAUUUGCUUUUAAAUGUCUAAACAACCUUGCGCCAACAUAUCUCUCCGACCUCCUUCAGCCUUACUGCCCCACCCGAUCCCUAAGAUCAGCCGAUCAGCUGCUACUGACGGUCCCUGACACAAGGCUGAAGCUUAGAGGUGACAGAACUUUCGCCGCUGCUGCUCCCAAGCUCUGGAACGACCGACCUCUGAGUGUUAGACAAGCCUCCUCUCUUCCUGUUUUUAAAUCUCUCUUAAAAAUAUACUUUUAUUCCUUGGCUUUUAACACUGAGUGAUAUUAUCCAUCCUGCAAUGGCGCCCCACUAUACACCUGCUGUGAACCUGAUUUUAUGUUUUAUUUAUUUAUUUUUUUGUGUUGUGUUGUUUGCUCGGUCCCCGUAUUAUCUUUUAACCUGCCCAUUGUACAGCACUUUGGCUACCCCUGUGGUAAAUUUUAAAUGUGCUUUAUAAAUAAAGUUGAUUUGAUUUGAUUAAAAACAUUUUAGUUGCCAAAUAUUAAGAGGAAAAUGGUUCUCAUUUUCAGUGCAUAGUAAAUCCAAUCUGCUUUACAAGUUGAACAGGGACUACUCUAUAAGAGGGGUUGUCAACAUUUUUGAGGCAAAGUACCAUCAAACUAAGUGGGAUAUCUUGCACAAAAUUGUGAUUGUUUUUUAAUUUCAACUGGCCCUAAAGGUACGCAAAUUGUUAGCUGACAACCUGUGUUGUUUGCUGCCAUUUAUAAACGACACGACAGUUUGUCGGUCAAUGUAAAUAUUUAAAAAUGUAUACAUUUGAAGAAAAAGUUGAAAAGGACCCCUGCUGUAAAGUGUUAGUAUUGUCCCUUGUGAGACGCUGUAGUUUGGGAUGUUG